UUCUCUGCGCAAAAAAUUUGAUCAAGAGGGACUUUUUCAGUUUGCCCGAUCCCUUCUGCAAGAUCUCUGUCGACGGUGGCCAGUUUAGCUGUGGACAGCAGUGCUACUCGACGGAGCCGUGCAAGGACACACUUAGUCCAAAGUGGAACAAGCACUUUGAUCUAUACCUCGGCAAGAACGACUGCCUGACGAUCUCUGUCUGGAACCAGAAGAAGGUGCACAAGAAGCAGGGCGCCGGUUUUCUCGGCUGCGUCAAAAUACUGCCCAGCUUGAUACACAGUCUCAAGGAUACUAGCUGUAAGUACAACUUCAAGGAAAGAAAAAGGCGACGUUUAACCCGAAAGAAACAGAGUGAAUGCAGGCCAGACAGCAGUUUGAACUCUCCAAAGACAACUGACAUUUGCGCGGAGAUGAUGGAUGAAUUACGCGGCGCGGUGCUCUCCGCCAUGUCCACCUCAAACUCCAAUGGAAGUGAGGUGAACUUGGAGACAUCAUCCGCUUCGCCGCCUCUGCCGCCCAUGCCCGAUGGCUAUCAGAUGCGCACCACCGACCAGGGCCAGGUGUACUUUGUGCACCCUGAAUCGUCGGCCACUUCGUGGAUCGACCCUCGCGUGCCCAAGGAGCUGCUCCAUCUGAACGACCGUUCACACCUCAACCUCGACCAGCUGGUCGGGCCGUUGGGCAGCGGUUGGGAGGUGAGGCACACCGGGGCCGGUCGGCGGUACUACGUCGAUCACCUCAAGCGGACGACGCAGUUUACCGACCCGCGACUGGUCGCCCACUCUGCGGCCAUUCUCGCACUGCUCAAGUCCAUUGGAGAGUCUGCUGCGAACUCAGGUAGUGGUCAUCACCAUCACCACCACCACCAUCACCACAGUCACCACAGUCAUCAUUCGAGUCAGCAACAGGGUCGCUCGCAGUCGAGUGGAAACUUGCAGAAUCUAAGCGAGCAGCAGCAGCAGCAAACGACCACUAAGGCAAAGUAUAGUGCCAGCAACAGUGCCAACUCCACCACCACCACCUCUUCAGCUUCAGUUUCAGCUUCCUCGACCACUCUGCUGGACAACUACAGUCUGCAGGCGCUGAAACGAGGCAUCUCACUGCUGCCCGCCAGUCAGCAGGCCAAGCGGCGCAGUCUGGUGCAGAAGAUGAGCCUCCUCCGCCAGGAGCUGGCCGCCUUUCAGCCCGCCUCGGGCCACUGUCGCAUUGAGGUGUCGCGGGAGGACAUCUUUGAGGACAGCUACCGGGCCAUACUGAAGAUGCGCCCGAAGGACCUGCGAAAACGACUGAUGAUCAAGUUUAGAGGGGAGGAGGGUCUCGACUAUGGAGGCAUUGCCAGGGAGUGGCUGUACCUGCUCUCACAUGAGAUGCUCAAUCCGUACUAUGGACUCUUUCAGUAUACGAGGGAUGAUAUCUACACGCUGCAGAUCAACCCUGAUUCAGCUAUUAAUCCGGACCACCUCUCCUACUUUCACUUUGUCGGUCGCGUCAUUGGCAUUGCCGUCUUUCACGGGCACUACAUUGACGGCGGCUUUACGCUGCCCUUCUACAAGAUGCUGCUCAGCAAGCCGAUCACCCUCGAGGACAUUGAGUCGGUCGACCCGGAGCUGUACCGCAGUCUGCAGUGGAUGCUUGACAACGACAUCUCCGCCCUGGAGGACAUCACCUUCAGCGUGAAUCACGACGCUUUUGGGCAGAUCACAGUGAAGGAGCUGAAGCCAGCGGGCAAGGAUCUGCCGGUUACGGAAGCGAACAAACGCGAGUACGUCCAACUGUACGUCAACUACCGCUUCACGCACGGCAUUGAACAGCAGUUUCGAGCGCUGCAGAAGGGAUUCACUGAACUGCUUCCACAGCACCUACUGGCCGCCUUUGACGAGAAGGAGCUGGAGCUGAAGGAGCUGGAGCUGGUCAUUGGCGGACUGGGUCAGAUUGACCUGGCCGACUGGAAGCAACACACACGGCUGAAACACUGCACUCGGGAGACUCCGAUUGUGGAGUGGUUCUGGCGGGCGGUGGAGACCUUCUCGGAGGAACGACGAGCACGGCUGCUGCAGUUUGUCACCGGCAGCUCGAGGGUGCCCCUGCAGGGGUUCAAAGCUCUGCAGGGCUCUACUGGCGCCGCCGGUCCUCGCCUCUUCACCAUCCACCUCAUUGACGCGGACGUGAACAACCUGCCAAAGGCGCACACCUGCUUCAAUCGCAUCGACAUUCCACCGUACACCAGCUAUGAAAAGCUGCUGGAGAAGCUGACGCAGGCCAUUGAGGAGACCUGUGGCUUUGCCGUUGAGUGA